AUGCUGGCAAUGGAACUGUAUCAGAGGUGUUACGUUUUCUGGAGACUGUAUGCAGUUUUGUUGUCGUGGGUAAAUUCAACCUUGAGGAAAGUAGAACAUAAUUGCAGGAAUGACAUAUAUGGCUCAGUAAAUGACGCAGCUACUUGCUACCGUAAAUGGACUUUUCACGCUACAAACUGCAGCAACUUCGGCACCUCCGACGCUACCGCCUGUACCGACGCCGUCGCCGACGGCGCCGCCAUUUGUGCCUUCAAUCCUGACGUUGAACGCUGGCUUGAAUACAUCGCGCAGCUCGAGGCAAACUUCGCUGCUUACAACAUACCAGAACUGGAUGCUUCACGGCUUCCACCGCCUCAGCCCACGACUCCACCGACAGCGCCUCCGGCGCUCGCGCCUCCACGGGCGCGCCUACCGUCGCCGCCGCUGCCGUUCCGGUUACCUGCACCGGACGGCCCCACCUCGUCGCCGCCUCCGCCGCCGCCGCCGCCACCGUGUUCCUUUGCGGUGCCGGAACUGAUGGACGCUGGGGCUGCCAUCACGCCGCCGCCACUGUCGCCCUUGGAGGUCGUUGCUCCGCCUCCUCAUCCGAGCCCCGUGGUGGCGCGCGGCCCGGGCAGGUUUUCCACGGGGCGUUUUCCUCGCAAUUCGGGGUCGCUGGUGGACAGCGUGCACAGCAAUUCUGCUGUCCGCCCCCUCAGGUGCGCCACUCCUGGGUCCCUCCACCCGCCGUCGGAAGCCAUACUCAACGACUGCGCGUCGUUUCAGUGCGGUAGGAAUGUGGUAUCGAUAGCAACGAUGCCACGGCGUAUAUAAUUUCUUAGGUUGGCACUACCACGAGACACCGAAAACAGCGCCCUCUAGUCGGUGCUGUGGAGCUCUACGAGCUUCACUACAGAUUCUGCCCCUUGUGAUCAAGAGCAGAAUGCCGGGACACUCCGUUUCUGCUUUGCUCUACAUACGACGGGUCUCAGCAUCGCACCUCAUUGCAAGUUAUGUAACCAUGUAUUAACUUGUUUUUUGUAUCAGUAAACGACUUUUACU